AUCAAUUCUGCAUCACCAAGUAGUCCAGAAGAAAAGCCUUUGCUAACUAGGAAAGCUAGCACAAUUAGUAAUUCAUCAGGAACUUUAACACCUGAUACAUCUCGAAGAAGUCUAGGAGGAUUAAGCCGUAAAUCAUCUCUGCAGUGGAAUUAUCGCUAUUUGAUGUCAAGUUGUUUUGUUUUGCGUCUGGAGGAUAUUGUUGCAUAUAAAGUAUCAACUUCCACUUCUUCUCGAACGCAUGCUGUAGAGAAGUUUUUAAUUUACAAUAAAAAUGCUCAUAUGCCAUCAGACAUAAAAACUAUACAUCUAGAACAGACAUCUUAUUAUUUACCUGGUGAUAUAGAUUUUCCAGUUCCAUCUCCAAAUUUAUUUCUUCAUUUUGGACCUCUGAAGUUAUAUUUAGAUACUCCAACUAUUUUGUGGAUUAAUGCAUUUUAUUUAAACUUGCAAAAAUGCCUGAUAUCUAUGAAAACUGGUGUUCCUGAAACACCAUCCUAUGUAAAUAUUAGAGCUGAAGCAUUGCUGCCUCAGGUUGUAAUUCCAACAGAUGUCAAUUCUCCAACACAGCCUGAUCGCCCGAGAACUGUUCAGUUGCAGUCAUCGAGAGCUAUAGCUACUAAUUGCCGUUUAGGAGAUCACACAACUCGCAGUGAUUUAAAAGAUUGUUUACAAGCACUUAGUGCUGAUGAAAUGUUUUCCAAUACUUCAAAAUUUCCAUGGAAAAAGGAUAAAAAACCUAUUCCUCAAGCGCUUUUUAAUCAUAUUCUUGGUAAAGAACAUGAAAUCCUUGGUCAUGACCAAAAGGAAAUUUUUAGUGAAUCAACAGACAUUUGGAGCAUCUAUUUAGAUCCAUUUUGGGCUGAAUUUACUGUGUGUGAAUCAGGGAGAACAAGACUUCAGUCAUUCAUCGAUCCUUUGCCUCUUACCUUGUGGUUUUACAGCUCUCAAAAACCACAGGAAUUGCUGAAAAAUUCUUUAAAUAAUAAUGGAAAACAUAAUUUCAGAAUGUUCCUGCCAAAUCUUAAGUCAUAUGUGUGCCAAAAUCAUGAAAUUGUAAAUAAUGAGAAUAAAUUUGAUUCUACGUCUGAUAUUAGUAAUUGUUUGAAUAAUAAUGAAGAUGAAAAUGAAGCAGAUGUAUAUUUAUUGAUACAUGUUAAUUCAUUGCUCAAUAUCCAGUUAUCACAUUAUCAAUAUUUAUUUGUUCUAAGGGCUGCAGAUAUUGUUACAGAUAUGCUUGAGCAUUUAGAAGUUGAUACUGGUAUUAUUAUAAAGAAUAAACCAGUGAUGUCAAUAUGUACAUCGGCAUUGUUACCUCAGGUUGAAUUUUCGUUAGUCUUACGAAAUCUUAAUCAGAUGUCUGCAACUUCAGACUCUGCUGAUUUAGCCUCACUACAGGAAGAUUGCUCUAGCACGAGUGAUAUUCCCCGAAGUUUGGGACAAAAAAUCUUGCAGUCUAAAAGCUCAUUCUCUGUCGAUGAAUGUGAUACUACUGGCAAGAAGGAAAAUCAAGAUACUUUACGUUCUGGACUGAUUGAUGACUGCUGCAUGGAAAAUGGUAUACCAAAAUCUUGCAGUGAUUCAUUGCUCAACUGUCAUUCCUCUGGGUCUUCACAAGGGUUAAAUACACCUGUUCAAGAAAGUCAGCCUUCAAUUGCAACUGAUUCUAUUCAAAAAGGUUUUCAAACAGGGACAUCUGCCAUGAAAAGAGGAAUAUGCUCUCUUGUUGCAAGUAUUGAUUCAGCCUUAGCAAAAAGUGAUCAUUAUAGUUCUAUGGAUGCUGAUAACUCUUUAUUUCCAGAUGACGAUGCUAUCUCAAUUAGGAGUGAUAUGUCAUCUGAUUUGGAUCAGUUUAUUUUAGUUAAUCAAGAUGGAUCAUUAGAAGAUGAAUUUUUUCAACAUGCUCGUCCUGAAAUAGGCGUUGAUGUAGCAAGCAAAAUGAAAGAAGAUUCUAUCAUAAGUAACUACACAUUGAAUAGUGAAAAGAAAAAGGAAAUGGUUUCAGUUUCUACAUUCAAGUUUGGUAAAGUAGGAUUUGUCUUCCAUUCUAAAUUAUGUACUAGUCUUCUGGUGCACUGCAGUCAAGUUGAAACUAGUGAAGAAACAGCCAUAUCAUGGGAAAAUUUCCAAAAUAAAUUUUCAACUAGAGCUAGAAGUUGGAAGAGUGAAAAGCAUUUGACUUCUCUUAGAGAAUGUGAAUUCAGCAUGAGAUUGGAUAGAGAUUAUGUUUGUGGGUGCGAUGGGACUAAACCAGAACCUGGAGCUGGUUUUUUGAGUGUCCUUGCAUGUAAUUUAUACCUUCAACUUCAAAUGAAUAGUAUUUCUGGUAUAGUUGAAUUCUUUGAAGAUGAGAUGAUAUCUAAGCCAAUGCCAUCUAAAGUCAUACUAGAUAAUUUGCAAAUUCAACUUCAGGAGGAUCAUCCCCCUUCUGGUUUAACAUCUCCUAAUAAUGUACCACUGAACAUUAGUUUACCAGGUUGCAUAAUUGAGAGAACUUUAGAUGGCACAUUGAGUGUUCUUCCUCUUCCAUAUGGCUAUGUGAAGAAAAACCUAGGUGACCUUUUAAAUCAUAGUUCCUGUUACGAAAUUGCUUCAAGGAAGUCUGAUAUUUGUAACUCAGGUUCAUAUAGCAAUGAAGAAUCUACUGGCAUGUCUGUCUGUGAUAAUUCUGAUGAUGAACAGAUAUCUCUUUCAAAGCUGUUGCAAGAUAAUAAAGAACUUAGGUCAAAACUUAACUUAAUGAAAAAUUUAGAACAAGAAAAUCAAAUACUUAGGCAAGAGCUAAGCAUUUUGCGUAACACUGUAGAUGAUGAGAAACUGAAGCAACUGCUUGAGUCUAGAAAUGAAAUUAGGAGACUUGAGCGUGAAAAGAGUACAUUACAAGAAACCUUAAGACUUUUGCAAAAAGAACUCAAUAGGUUAGAAGCAGAAAAGCAAAGAGUGAAAUUCAUUUCAAAUUGAAAUGGGUAAAAUUUUCUGAAGUCAUCAAAUAAUGCAUUAUGAAAUGUUAGGAUUGAAACCAGAAGGGAAACACAAUAAAUGGAUAUGUUAUAAAUGCUUGUAUUUGUGCCGUAAAGACUAGAGACUAAAUAUUUAUAAAUUUUGUGCUUUGAGCAAAAGUGCAAAUUUCUUUUUGUGUGUGCUUUUGCAUCUACUUUUAUCCUGUAAUUUCUGGCUUAAUUCUUUUUUGAAAUUUUGUACGAUUUCUUACAAUUAAUUUUAAGAUUUCUAGUUACGAGCUAAUAUAUUUUUGAAUAAUAGAUGUGUCUUAGACUCUUCAUUGAACAUCUUGUUAAUCUCCUUCUUGAUAAUUCAUGGAUAAUUGAUGAUGCAUCUUCUAUUUCAUCUCAAACCAUUGUUUUUCUGAGUUCUUAUUGUAUAGACCAGGUUUAUUAUGUUUAUUUUCUCGCAUUCUGUAAGCAAUAUAUGUUGCAUGAAUUGAUUAAAAAAAAGUUUAAAUUUUCUUAUUUUGAAUCCCCUUCUUCAGUUUUCAAAAGAAUGCUUUAUAUUGCUUAAUAAUUAAAGCAAUUAUUACAGUAAGGAAAAGUAAAUGGUAAAUUUCUAAAGGUGUUUUAUUAGACAUCAUUAGUAUGCACACAUAGUUUGAAGUUUCUGAUGUCAUCUAUAAACUAAAGCACAAAUAAGAGAACUUAACCAUUUAUUAACCUUAAGAAACCAAAAGCCUUUUGUAGCAUUAAUUAUUCAAAGGAAAUUAGCUGUAAUAUCGUGUUAUGAUAUGUUUCAUUUAGGUGGUCCAUGUAUAUUUUUGUAUACAGUGCUGUGUUCUGUUCUUGUGUGAAAAUUCAGGAGUAUUAUUUAGCAUAAGAUAAUCUGCUAAUAAUAAAGUUAUUUUAAUUAUUAGAGUUAGUAGUAACAUUUUUAUUUAGACAGAAGCAAACCUAUUCAUAUGCAUGAUAAGUACAUGACAUAUACAUGUAUAUUUCAAAAUAAUAUUUCAAAAUGUGUUUUGCUGUAUAUUAUAAUUUUUUUUAUUAUAGAAAAAAUUAUGACACAGAAGUUACAAGAUGAGUAAAGAUUAAAAAGGAAUAAAAUAAUAAGGCAAUAAAAUUUAAUAAUUAGUGCAGAAAUGUUUAAGACCUUCAAGUAUAAAACAGCUGAAAUAGUAAAUAACAUAGUGUGUUUUGAAUUUUAACUAAAAUUGAAAAUGUUUUAUACAUAGAAAUAUUUAUUAUGAAAAAAAUUAUUCUGUUUGUGAUAAAUUUAUCAAACUCUACAAUAUCAUUAAUUAAAAGUAACAAUUUUUGUAUUUAUGUAAUGCCACAAAAGUUAAGUCAGCUCUGACUAUUAAUAGCUCUUACCUUAUAUGUCAGUUUUGUUGCAGGUACAUUGUUCUUUUUUUUCAAGAAAUCUGUGUUUAACACAUUUUUAUAUCAUUAAUGUGAGAGAAAUUCCGUGUAAAUUUUAAAAUCAUUGUACUGUGUAUCUGCCUUAUAUCAUAAAUGUAGUUACUUUGCAUAUUUGCUUAAUAUAAUUUAAAGUAUUUUUAUGCGUGGUUUGAUGUGUAUUUAUGAAACUGCUGUUCAUGUAAUUCAGAAUCGUGAAUUAUUUUUUUUUUUGGAAGCAGAGUUUGCCUGCUAUAAUCUAGUCAGUUGCCAUUAAUAUUUUUGUUUGAAUAUUUAUUGAAUCAUGUUAACUUCUCAAAGUUUUAAAAAUUAUCAAAGUUAUGCUAGUUAGUUAGCACAGCAAAUGAAAAGUUCUAUAAAUAGUUCUUUAGCAUCUGUGUAAUACUUUUAAAUGCUGUGUAUAUGCAUAUUUGCAGUCUUUGUUUUAGAUUCCUAGGAAUUUUUUAAAUUCAUUUUUAUGAAAAAAAUUGUAUAUCUGUAAAUUUUAUGUUAACAUUUGCUUUGUUAUAUAUGUGCGAUAAAAGUAUUUUCUUGUUGUUAAUGAUCUCAAUCAAAUUUCAAUAAAUGUUGUCACUUAAUAGUGA